GCUCAAGCUAAACGUACAAGUCAUUUGGGAAGAAUGUUUGUAGAGUGUUUGUAGAGUGUGAAUCUAAAAAUUCUUCCCUUCCUAGGCGGACUCCUCUUGAUCUUACGGGAUUAGACUUUUCACAUCGGUUUGGUAUUGCGUGACUCCGCAAAGCUCGGCACAGAACUAGAAUGACCACAUCAACUCAGGCCAAUGGCGGAGGUAUCUCUGCCUUCAUGCCGCUUCUUGCAUUGCUCCUGGCCACCGGCGGAAUUGUCCAGGUGGCGGAAGCGACAGCGUCGCCCGCCUCACGCGUGUGUCGACCUGGGCCACCGCUGCUGCCGCCGACGGACGGUCGCAAGAACUGCCUGGUGAUCGGUGACUCGGUGAGUCUGGGAUACACGCCCCUGGUGCUGCAGCUGCUAAACUCCAGCGUGUGCCAAGUACAGCACGCACCGUUCAGUACUGAUGGAGGUGCACUGGACACAAAGUACGCCAUGCAGUGCUUCGACCAGUGGAUGGUCACGUCCAUGCUGCAGCAGACACACUAUGACGCCAUCGUCAUCAACUCCGGACUGCACGAUGUCAACUACAGUGGCAGCUAUCCUGAGGAAUACACCUCGCCAGAUGCGUACAAGGAAAAUUUCCAGCAGCUGAAGAAACGCCUUCUUACCCACACACCGCAUGUUGCUGUUGUCACAACCACCCCAGUCGGGUAUGAUGCUGCCAUCAACAGCCUGGUUGUGCAGUAUAAUGAUAUUGCUGUGUCAGUGAUGCAUGGCGAGCAGCCAUCUCUCGACGUCAUCGACCUGUACACGGCUGUGAUUGACGUGUGCGGCAAAGUGCCAUACAACUGUUCAAUAGAGGCCAGUCCUAAAAACGUGCACUACAACCAAGCCGGGUACAAGAUACUCAGCCAGGCCGUCGCCAGCGGCCUCAAGAAGCUACUGUCCGAGGCGGAGGCUGAGCAUGCCGGAGAGCGUGAGGAGCAGAGACGGGGGUGGCGGCCGCAGGGGAUUCCCCACGCCGCCGCCACCACUGGAAACGUGUGUCCUGGCGGCAAGAUGGCGUGUCCGGGGAACACGACCUGCACCGUCGAUCACUACUCGAGCGCCGGCUACGGCUGCUGCUACGCUCAGCCGGCGCCCGUCCAGGACUGCGGCGACAGCUGGCAUUGCUGUGCCGCCGGCCUCAAGUGCGGCUCUUGCUCGCUGCACGGGUGUGAUUGCCUGGCACCAUAGUUACCAUGGUUACAGAUCCGAUGAACAAAAGCAAUGGAUUCCUAUUUUGGCGAGAGUUAAACUAAUCUGCUGGAGACUUAGUCUUUUCUCGGUAGAUAUUUUUUAUUAUAACAACAAACGCAAUGCUUCCAGGCACCUCA